AUGUACACUGCAAUACAUAUGUGGAUUACAAUAUUACUAAUUUUGAUUCUAUUACUUCUUCAUUUUCCAGCUUACCAUCGGAGAGAUUGUAUUAAAUUUGGAUUUAUCGUUGUUAAUAUUUUUCUCUAUAUCAUAUCAGUGACUCAGCAUGAAACUAUCGACGAAUAUGUCCUUCUUCUUUUACAAGCUAUCAUGACUAUAUGUCUACAUUUGCACAUUUCAAAAUCAACAUUACCCAUACUUCAACUUGCUGAUAUCGGACAAUCACCAUCACGCACCUUUUUUGCAUUUUAUUUUGUUCCUAUUAUAUGUUGUUGUAUGAUGUAUUGGAGUACUUUACUAUGUUUCCUCUUACUGAUUAUAUCAGUUCUCUGGUUUUUCAUUGGUGAUUACAUUUUAUCGAACUGGCGAGUAGUAUUAACGACUUCAUUUACUUCAACAGGUUAUUUCUGAUCAAUAGAAUCUUUUGAUUUGAUGAAUUAUUGUACAGCUUUUACACGUGCGAUCCUACUUCCAACAUUAGCCUUACCUCAAGAAUAUCUAGAUGCAUUUCGUAGCAUUCGUCUGACAUUAGAGUGUCGAUAUAGAGAGUACCAUUUAGUAUCAUGUGCUUUACCAUCUUCUAUCAAACAAGAUUGGUAUGCCUAUGCUACUUUUACUAUAGCCGCUGACGACCUUAUCGAUGAAACAUCUGAUGUUGAAACAUCUUCAAAAAACUUGACGAUGAUGAACGAAUGGCUUGAACUUGUUUAUAGUAGUUUAGAUGAAGAUCUGGAAAAUGAUUCUGUAGAUUUAGAGGUUCUAAGACGACAAGGACCAUCAACUUCUUUAAUUUCAUUUCUUGAUCCAGAAAAAUCUAGAGCGAUUACUUUGUUUUUGCAUCAGAAGGUACCGGUCGAAGCUCAAGCAUCAUUUCUCGUUUUCCCGACUAUUGCUCAUCGUACGCCUCGCUAUAUUAUAAACGAGCUCUUCUAUGGAUUUAAAUCUGAAAUUGGUAAACAAAAAGCAAAAACAAGUACUGCGAUGUUCAAAAAUGAAGAAGAACUUAUUCAUUACUCCCGUCAAGUAACAGGCUUCGCUGGCGAAUACGUAGCAUGGAGCUUUUUAAGUCAUGGAUGUGUGCAUAGCGUGCCAGAUGAUAAUUUUAUGGAAACAAGAUAUAGAUUACUGGUUAAAUUCAAUGACUUAGCGACAUCCAUCAAUAUGACACUAACUGCACGAGAUAUUCGUAAAGAUGCUGAAAAAUAUGGCCGCGUAAAUAUUCCAGUAGAUUGGUUUAAUGAACAAAAGCCUUUACAUUUCAGAACAUUAACUAUGAAUCCAAAGAUAUUUCCGUCUCGAUAUGUCAAUCAUCUGCUUACUCUGCUCGAAGGCUCCUCUAAAAAUUCUAAUCUAGACUUGAAUACAGUACCGUAUGAAACGUAUGCCGCUCUUCUUGUCGAUCUUGGCGGCUUGUUUUAUCAGAAGUCUAUACCAGAAUGCAAUUUAUUAUCGAGGAAUCUCAGAGGACAUAUUCGAGCGUUGAUAGAAUUGAACAGGGAGUCAGCUCAUUGUAUUCUCAAUUAUUAUCUUCGCAACUUACAAUCGUCUUCGGUUGCACGUGGAAAAUUAUCGAAAUGGCGAAUGAUUUGGAUCAUCAUUAAGGCACUCUACUUGGGUAGAUAG